AAAACGCAUCGAGGCGUUCAUCGCUGCUAAAAACCAGCCCCGUUGGGCGCAAGCAGCGGCAUUCGUGCUCCCGCGCUGCUGCCGAUCAUCUGAGACACGCGUCAGCUCUCCAUCCACCAGCCUGCAGAGGCGAUACAGCUGCACGCCAGUCGCAGCGAUGGCCGACGACGAUAGCAAGACCGUCGAGGGCGCGCCACAAGUAGAAAACACCUGCGCCGGCUGCGGGUUACCGGCGAAGAUGGCCUGCCCCCACUGCGUCAAAAUCAAGGCCAGCGAGCCGCAAGACUUCUCCACUGAUUAUGGAGUGGCCUACUACUGCGCCCAGGACUGCUUCAAGAAGCACUGGAAGACGCAUAAGGCGCAGCACAAGCCCUGGGCCGCCGCUGUGGAAAUUGCUACACCAUUACCAGGAGGCAACGAACGGAUGCCAUCCUGUUUCGACAACUACCAAGGCUGGACCGGUUCGUUGCGACCCUGGGCGCGGCCCGCCGUCGACGAUACAAGGGCUAGAUUAUUGCGACUGCCGGCUUCGGUCCAGAAGCCGGACUACGCCGGUUCAGGGCAACCCUACUCCGAAAUACUUGAUAAGAGGAACCGGACCGCAAAAGUGUAUACGCCGGAGCAAAUCCAAGGUAUUCGCAAGGCUUGUAAAAUAGGGCGGGAGGUCUUAGAUGCCGCGGGUCGAGCCGUGAAGGUCGGUGUCACGACCGCGGAAAUCGACCGCGUGACGUAUGAGGCGACGGUGUCAAGGGGAGCCUACCCCUCACCGCUCAACUACUACAACUUCCCCUGUGCCGUGUGUACGUCCGUAAAUGAAGUCAUCUGUCAUGGCAUCCCGGACCUACGACCGUUGCGGGACGGCGACGUCGUCAACGUCGACGUCUCGGUGUUUUACCAGGGCUACCACGGCGACCUCAACGAGACCUUUGUCGUCGGUCAAUGUUCCCCGCAGAAUGUUGGGCUUGUGGAGACGGCGUUCCGGUGUUUAGAGGCGGGCGCGGCGUUGAUACGACCCGGUACGAUGUAUAGGGAUAUAGGCUCAAAUAUUGAAAGAGUAGCAAAGAAGCGAGGCUGCCAGGUCGUCAAGACCUACUGCGGUCAUGGGAUUGGGGAAUUAUUUCACACGGCGCCGAACGUGCCGCACUACAGCAAGAACAAAGCUGUGGGAGUGAUGAAGGCCGGCCACAUCUUCACGAUCGAGCCCAUGAUCAACCUGGGCGGGUGGCGCGACCGGACCUGGCCCGACGACUGGACGGCGGUGACGGCGGACGGGUCGAAGUCGGCGCAGUUCGAGCACACGUUUUUGGUGACCGAGGACGGCUACGAAAUAUUGACGAUGCGCGACGGCGAGCCGCGGAUGGCCUGGGACCUGACGAAGCAGCAGCGGUGAGUAAACUUAGGUUCUAGUAUGGGGCGCCACGGAGGGUGCCCGGUCGAUAUCUCGGUCGAUCGAUGCGACAGCACUGGCGGGUCUUUUUUGG